AUGCCUAGGCAGCAUCCUCGCAUCCAUGCUUUGUGCAUUGGAGCAGGAGAAUACCAAUACAUUGACAAGCUCGACGCGCCCAAGGAUGCGAGGGCAAUGCACAGGAAGUUUGAAGAGACACCUCUGUGCAAGUGUUUCUUGAAUGUAGAUCCGACAUCCAAGGAGGACAUGCAGAAGCAGCUGCAGGAGCUGGCCGAGUCCUCCUAUGGUCGACCUCCUCAGGUCACUUUCAUCUUCUACGCGGGGCAUGGAUGCCAGCUGACCAGCGGCCCGUUGGCCAUGCUUCCUUGCAACUUCAAGGCUGCGGAGGAGGAAACGAUGAUGGAGGAGGGAACGUUCACUCUGGACGAGCUUCUGGAUAUUUUAUAUGAGUCUCACUGGUCCUGGAACAAGAUCCCCGUCGUCUUCGUCAUGGAUGCUUGCAGGGAGUCAAUUCAAGGACAUUCCUUGGCGUUGGAAGCGGCUGAGCCUCGCCGACCUGCAAGGACUUCCAUUUUCUGCUCCUGCAGCCGGGGGCAGCUUGCGAGCGACGAGUCUUCCUUCUUCCAAGACUUGCUCGACCCCGAGCAUGGCAUCUUUGCGAUCAAUCAGCCGCUGUUUGACGGCUUGAUGUUUGCACUUGACCAGAGCCGAGCGAGGGUUACCGAGCAGUGGGCAAGAAGCAUUUCACCCGAAGACGUGCCGAAAAAGUUCUGUAUCAAGGAGGACAAGACAGCCAAGGCGGACGUGGAUCAGAUUGAAGCUGCAGGUCGUCGUGGCAUAGAAACAUCCCAGCAGCGAACUUCUCCUGAUGCUGCUACUGUAGCUGCGUACUCCCCGCGAGCGAGUGAGAAGAUAGAACACCUGCAGUCGAGCCUUGUACAAGUAUGCAAGGGAGCUUUGAACAGCUUUGCAGCUGGAACCUCUCCUGGCAAGGCGAUGUUCGUGUUCUUGUCUUUGUUCCUGCGCUACGAGGAGACAGAAUUUGGUGAAUCCUGGUUGAUUCCAUGCUUACAUGGGCUGCUUUCGCAAGGCGUAAAAGAGGUUUCAGAGAUGAUCAAUUCUCAUCUGAUGAAAAAUACCAUCACCUCCUCUUCUCUCAAACAGUGGAUUGCUGAAAAAUGUCCUGGGAUAGACCAAAGUAAGCUCGUGUUUGCGGCGUUGGACUUCUCGGUGAGGACUGAGUUGCAGAGAUGUUCGAACGACAACCCAGACAUGGCAAGGAGAGAGAGCGAGGGAUGGGUGACGAACGUGGCAAACGUGUGCUACACAGAUGCUAUCACUGUCAACGUAGCGAUGGACAUGGCGAACGAGUACUUGAGCUCGAGGCUUGCAGCCCUGCUGUCCAUCCAAGUCUUUGAGAGGAUCGUCGAGACAGGAAGCUACGUGGUCUUCAUGAGGAUGUCUCCUCUUACAAGUGCCUGCCUGUCGCAGUUCCUCGCAGAGCAAGUGAGGAAACGCCUGCACGGCGAGACAGGAGCAGACCAAGUUUUCAGGACGUGGAUAAGCAGCAGCGGCUGGCUGAGCAGCACCUCCGAGCACAGGGAGCUGCGGCAGUACCUUGACGAGGACGAGGAGAAGCAUCUGAUGGAAAUCCUCCGCGGCGUCGGGCAACUCCAGCACUUCGUGGACUUGACGAGGGUAGAGGGACAAGGAGCACUCUCACUGUUGAAGAAACAAGACGCGACCUCCUCCUCCCCGCCGUUGGUGAACUUGAUUGAGCUCGUGCUCAAAGGCGAUGAAACGAGCAAGUGGAGUCGGUUCUGGAGGGGCGUCGCAGCAAUCUGGACGCAUGCCCAGGAGAGGGGAACAUCAGUGGAGGCUGUGAUCAUGCGGUUGAACGAGCGUGGAAUCUGUUUGGACAUGUUUGACAACACGUGUCUUGUACGAGAGAACGAGCUGAAGGAGCAGCUGGAGUCUUCUGAGAGGGCGGCGAGCAUCCUAAGGAUGUGGUGGGCAAGGCCGGAAGAGAUCAAGCAAGGAGGCGACUGGCUGCGCGAGAGGCAACAAAGGAGUGAGGGAGCACAGGUUGGGAGGACAGACCUAGAGGAGAUCUUCAAGGCGGGGAUGGAUGUCAGCCGGCUGGUGAUGAGAAGGAGAAAACGAGAAAUUCGAGAUGAGCGGGACAGUCAGGAGAUGAAGAUGAACAAGAUGUGCCAGGUUAACUUGUGGGUAGCAGGCGAGAAGCAAGGGCAGGCUCUUCGGGAUCAACCUCAAUCUGCUGACGUCACUGCCAUCUGCUCCUUCUCGGGAAGUUUCGACUCAUUUCCUCGAGUGAUUGAAGGCAUGCAAGAAUCGGUCCUCACCUACUCCUCCCCUUCUAAGACCUCCCUCCUCCUGCGCGUCAUGCUGCGAGAGGUGCUCGCCCUCGGGUUUCCUCCCGACUUGUCAGAGCUUUGGGCCGAGCUCGAGAGGCUGCAGCUUGCAGCUGGAAAAGAGCUGGACUUUGUGGGCAUGUGCGGAAACAUUCUCUAUGAUGUGAUUGUGAAGAGCUCGCAAGAUGCUCGAGCUUGGAUUCAGCGAAACAUCUUCGGCAUGACCGCGGAGGAACUUACGUCUGCUCUGCGCCAUCAUGCUUCCAACAACUCCAAGCACGAGCUGCUGUCCGGCUGCUUCCUCUCUGUCAACUUGACGCACUUCUGGCUCCGAAAGAACUUGAUCCUCGACUCGAUCACUCAGCUGGAGGACGCGCUGGAGGUCUUUCUCUUCAAGUUUGAAGACCAGACGAAUCGCAAGAGAGCCGUGGAGGAAUAUCUCAAGAAGAUUCUUGUCGUGCUUGACGCGUGCAGGCUCUCGCUCAGCCUCCGGUCCAUUGAGACAGAGCUGCUGCAUCAGGAGAGCUGCGUUGUCGUCCUCAAGAUGCCUGCCGUCUUCGGCAAGAUGUUGCUGUACCUGAUGGAGAACGACUGUGAGAUCAACGGAAGUCUCAACCAGCAGCGUCUUGAUCGGAUCGUCUCGGAUUGGCUGACUCCGACUCACAAGCUCGUCAGCGUACGAGAAUGGUUUGCAGCCCUUUCAAGCUCGCUGCCGAAUGUCGGUGACGUGUCAAGUCGCUGUGAGAGGGGGCGGCAGGGACUGAAGGAGCAGCUCGGAAACAUGAUGACAGCUGUGGCGGACCAGGUCAUGGUUGGGAUGAUCCGCGAGGGCCUCGGACUCUUGCAAGAGCAGGACGAGGUCUUCACGAUCCUUCGCAUGUUCAUCCUCGAUGAGCAAAAACUUGACGAGAGGCAGCACGAAAAGUGCGUCAUGAUCAAGAGCAGCACGUCCCGCAGACCUCGCAUAGCCACGCGAGGCAUGCGAUCGGCACCGGCAGCACCCGCCAGCAGCGACAAGGAGUGGGCACUGCUGACUCUCGGGGAGCUGCAUGACUUCUGUGGAAGCAGCUCCUACGUGCUGCAAGUGAUAGUCGAAGAGAGCGACGACGACGAGACGGAGACAAGGAGGUUGCAGGCAGUGGAGGUGGGAGAGACCUAUCGCAGGUACAGGGUCACGCGAGACUUCGUUGUCUCUGUCUCUCUCGUCAACUUCGGCUCCUCUGACGUUGUUCUUCAAACCUUCUACAAGUCAGACGAGGGUGAAGCUGAAGACGAAGGGCCCAUCACUCUCAAGCCCUGGGCUCACACGUCUCUAGAGAACCUGCAGACGAAGCUUGACGAGGGGCAGGAGCGUGACACCAUUAUCCUAGAGGACCGGCGUCAAGCAACCACAUUGCGCCUGUUCUUCGAGGCAUGA